UUGUCAACUACUGGUACGAACAUCUCGAAUCUUUCUGUCCACGACAAAAUUUAGUUAAAUACACCAACAGUGCCAAUCUUUAAAAAUCUACCGAGAACUGUUCGGGCUACCCACGUUGAGAGCUAUCGAGGAGCUGGAGGAUAAGCAGUAUAUAAAAUAAGUUGCGUGUUAAUCUAUGUGAAGAUCACAUUUCCUCCUACCAUGCCUCUACCAAAUAUCUUGGUCACAGGAACUCCUGGGACUGGCAAGUCUGAACUGUGUCGGAAGCUCGCGGAAAAGCUCGGAUUCCAAUGGCAAAACGUAAGCACAAUCGUGAGCGAUAACUCGUUUGUCGAGGAGUACGAUGAAGAAUUCGAAUGUCCUGUGCUGGAUGAGGAUCGGCUGCUGGAUUUCCUUGAACCGAUCAUGCAAAAGGGCGGCAAUAUCGUCGAGUACCAUAGCUCGGAGUUUUUCCCAGAGCGCUGGUUCGCGGCCGUGUACGUCGUACGCUGUUCCACCUCGAUACUGUACGAUCGGUUGCAGGCCCGUGAGUACGGCGAUCGAAAGAUCAAGUCGAACAUGGAGUGCGAAAUAUUCCAGAUCCCGCUUGACGAAGCGAAAGAUGCUUAUCGUAAAGAUAUCAUUUUUGAGCUUACCAGCGACACGCAGGAAGAUCUCGAGAAAAAUGUGCAGCAAGUGUACGACUGGUUGAUGGAGUGGAAGAAAGGAGAUGCAUCCAAAAGUGAAACAAAAGGAUAAAGCAACUUAGGCGAAAAACCAAUCAUGUCAUUUCUAGAUUCAACUAAUUGGCUCAUUUAAUCUUUUUUGUUAUUGCACUCGAAAUAGAAAUCGGUGUAGAAGACAUUUUGUAACACACAAUCAUCCAACACAGUUGAACAAGUAAUCGAAGAAAAAUGUAUUAUGUACUCUAGAAGUACGGGCCAGUACUUUUACCAUACAUUCGAUAAAAGGUAUUUUGGCGUAAGCAAUCAAAAUGGGUGUCGAAGGGAACCGUUAUGAAUAUACGUAUUCAAGAUUUAAUUUUGAAUUGGCGAAUAAUUGAAAACCAACAGAUAACCGAGAUAACAGAAGAACCGCACAUAGAUCAAAAAGCUAAGACUUUUUGUGACACACGUGUUGAGAAACAUGAACCAUCAGUGAAACCAAAAAUUACUAGACAGAAUUAGCAAAAUGUGAAAGUCCGAAACAGGAACAUGCAAGUUCAUAGCGCACAACGGUUAUUAAUUAUAAUUUUGUAAUAAAAUUUGUAGUUAAAGCACACAUGCAA